AUGGUCAGGGAAACGGCAUAUUAUGACAUCUUAGGUGUGCCGCCCAGGGCCUCCUAUGACGAGAUAAAGAGAGCAUUCAGACGACUGGCUUUAAAGUACCACCCCGAUAAGAACCCCAACGCAGGUGAAAAGUUUAAACAGAUCUCCAAAGCGUAUGAAGUCCUCUCCGACUCUAGCAAGAGGGAGCUGUACGACCGAGGCGGAGAAUCGGCCAUCAACGGGGACGGCUCCCACCAAACAGGGGAAUGUAGCUUCCCUAUGGACAUCUUCGAUUUGUUCUUCGGAAGCCGACCCAGAAGUCGGUCUAGAGGAGAGAGAAAAGGGAAGACAGUCACCCAUUGCCUCUCAGUUUCUCUGGAAGACCUAUACAAUGGGGCCACGCGGAAACUGUCUUUACAGAAGAACGUCAUCUGCCUCAAGUGUAAAGGGUCCGGCGCCCGUCAGGGAUCGGAAGUGCUGUGCCGCAGGUGUCAGGGAACGGGCGUGGAGGUGCGUGUUUUGGGUCGGAUUCCAGGGGUGUUGCACUCCAUCCAGAGUACCUGUUCAGACUGCAAUGGCCAGGGCGAAUGCAUAAGGCCGCGCGAUCGGUGCCGCCAUUGUGAUGGUAGGAAGGUGGUGCGGGAGAAGAAAAUCUUGACAGUCCACAUAGACAAAGGUAUGAAGAACAAACAGCAGAUGAUAUUUCAUGGUGAAGGGGAUCAGGGUCCUGGUCUCCAGCCUGGUGAUAUCAUCAUUGUCUUGGAGCAGAAAGAACAUCCGGUCUUCCAGAGGAAGGACAACGAUCUGCUCAUGCAGAUGGAGAUCUCUCUCGCUGAUGCCCUCUGCGGAUGCAAGCAGAAAGUCCAGACGUUGGACGGCAGGACCAUCCUCGUAACAUCACAGCCAGGCAAAGUGAUCAGACCCGGCGAAACGAAAUGUAUUCUGAAAGAGGGGAUGCCCAAGUACCGCGAUCCCUUUGAGAAGGGAAACCUCAUCAUCCAGAUCAAGGUAGCAAAUGCUGUAUAA